CCCCGCCGCGCAGCGACCGCCGCCCCCGGCCGCCAGCCCGCGCCGCGCCGCGCAGCCAUGGGAUGGGGUCGCGGAGCGCCGCCGCCGCCCGGCGCUAGCCCGGCACCAUGAGCCGCUGGCCGCCGUGCCAGGCCGGCCCCAACGGCACGGAGCCCGGCGCGCUGCGCCCGCGGGGCAACGGCACGGGGCGGGCGGCGGAGGGCUGCGGCGCCGUGUCCGUGGCCUUCCCGCUGACCAUGAUGAUCACGGGCGUGGUGGGCAACGCGCUGGCCAUGGGGCUGGUGUCGCGCCGCUACCGCACCAAGCAGAACCGGCGCAAGCGCUCCUUCCUGCUCUGCAUCGGCUCCCUGGCCCUCACCGACCUGGCGGGGCAGCUGCUCACCAGCCCCAUCGUCAUCUCCGUCUACCUGUCCAACCGGGCCUGGGCCGCCCUGGACCCCUCGGGCCACCUCUGCACCUUCUUCGGCUUCAGCAUGACGGUCUUCGGGCUCUGCCCGCUCUUCAUCGCUAGCGCCAUGGCCGUGGAGAGGGCCCUGGCCAUCCGCGCGCCCCACUGGUACGCCAGCCACAUGAAGACGCGGGUGACGCGCCUGGUGCUGCUGGGCAUCUGGCUGGUCGUGGUCGUCUUCGCCCUGCUGCCCGUGGCCGGCCUGGGGCACUACACGCUGCAGUGGCCCGGCACCUGGUGCUUCAUCAGCACCGGCGACGACACGUUCACCGGCAGCAUCUUCUUCGCCUCCACCUUUGCUUUCCUGGGGCUCUCCUCCCUCUUCAUCACCGUGGCCUGCAACCUGGCGACCAUCGAGGCCCUGGUGUCUCGCUGCCGCACCAAGGCCACGGCCUCUCACUCCAGCAAGCAGUGGGGGCGGAUUGCCAUGGAGACGCUGAUCCAGCUCCUGGGCAUCAUGUGUGUCCUCUCCACGUGCUGGUCACCGCUGCUGAUAACGAUGUUGAAAAUGAUCUUCAGCCACACAUCUUUUGAACACUGCAAAGGAUUCUCCAGUGCAGCCCAAAGCUCAGAACUGCAGAAAGAAUGCAAUUUCUUCUUGACAGCUGUGCGCUUGGCCUCACUAAAUCAGAUACUGGAUCCAUGGGUUUACCUGCUACUGCGAAAGAUUCUCCUCCAGAAGUUCUGCCAAGCAGCCAGUGCUGUCUCCAAGUGCUCUAACAACGAAUGGAAAGAGAGAUCAAUCACAUUAUCAGAGGAAAUCAGACGGACACCAGCAUGAAGGAAUAUUGAUCAAUUUGCAUGAAAACUAUUUUUGCCGACAAGUUUUAAAUCUUACUGUGAAAUGGGGUAUCUAUAGCAUGUUAAUGUCUGCAUAAUAGCUGAAAAUGGUAUUACCGAGUGGACUUAGAGUGCCAAAUAAUUAUAUAGCCUAUGUGCCAAAAAUUCUCAAGCAUAGACAAAGAAAUUGGUUUUGUUGCUAAAUUCUGUUGUCAUUGCAAUUCAUAACUGAGCUGCAGAACAUUACUUUUUGUGUGCCUAAAAUAUAUUUUGGAAGGAUUUUUCUUGCAUUAAGGGAGAAGAAGUGAUUUUUCGUAUCAGGAGACACUUGGAACAUAGUUUCAACAGUUAAAUUACUAAAGAGACCUACUCCUAUAUAUAAUCUUAAUGCUAAGAGGUGGGGGGGGUAGAAAGGGUCAAAAAUACAAUAAUUAAAGGAAGACAAAAUUAGGAGAUUUCCUCUGGAUUUCAAUGGCUUAAAACUGAAAAGGCUGUGCUGAAGCAAUGAUGGUAUUGUUCUUUCAAGAGGUGAAAGUACUAUGAGUCUUAUGACACAUGGACUUGCCCUGAUAAAUGCUCAUUUUGUGUGAGUACUAAAGUAAGCUCAUCUGCUGAGUUGGAUGUAGCAUUAGGACAAAGAGUACAAGUAAGAAAUCUAUGAUUUUUUUUUCAAUAGCAGCCUGUGAAAUACUCAGGCAUAACAGGAACUGCUGUUAGCAAAGCACACUAUAAAACUACUUUGAGCAGAUGGAGAGAGUGAUAAAGAGGUUGUAAGAGACAGUAAAUGCUCUUCCUCCUGUAAAUUAUUGGCAAAGGCUUGCAAAGCGAAAAAUACUAUUUUCAUAUGGGUAGUUUUAUUUGGAAAUGCAUAUGCCCAGGAAUAAAAUGAACAAUGAAUGAUUCUUAAGUAAUGGGGAUGCCACUCAAAACUUCUUCAUUACUAAAAUACCCUACAAAGUGGCCAAAAUACUUCCUGAGAGCAACAGAUCUCUUUCUUAUCUCCCCCCAAAAGAUGAAUUUGAGAGGUAUGGCCGCCUGGGGAAUUUUAAAAAUAAAAUAGACUGGAAGAGCUGGGUAGCAGUAUGUCCUUUAGUCAGGAGUCAUUACCUUUCUGCCAGGUAACUUUCAGGUUUGAUUAAAAAAUGAUUUCUAAUCCAUGUGUAUCAUAUCAAAAGUUUGUUUUUAUAUAAGAACUACAUUUUUCUUCCCAUUUCCUUUACCCUUUUAUAGCCUCAAACAUCUCCCAUUUCAUGGCCUUUUGGGUAAAUUAGAUGCAAAUACAAUAAAAUACAAUAUACUGUGUAGUUUUAUACCAUAUAUUAUAUGCCAUAUAAUAUCAAAUUCAGGGACCUUAAAGGCAAAUAUAAUCCUGCAACUGCUAGGAAUUUCUUGCAUAGAACCUAUAUUUUUACUUCUCUUCCUUUUUUUAUAAAAGUAACUACUCAAAAGAGAUGGCUACUCACUUUUCCUGUUCUGCUCCUGAGUUAUCUAAUUGCUUAUCUUCAUAACAGUUAAAAGAAAAAUAAUUUGGCAGCAGAAUCCACUGUCUGUAUAGGUCUAAUUAUAUCUUGGGGUUUACUGUGACCUAAAAGCUAAUGCUUUUUCUUAAUUUAAGAACCAGCCUAAAACCACAGUGAGGCACUUUGACAUUUUGUAAGCUACUGCCUUUAUUUUAUAAAUACUCAUCAUCCACUUCAGUUUAAUGGCAAUAUAAAAUAAAUUGCUUUUUCAGUUACGAAUCUUCUGAGUGAGGAAGCAGUGAGUGAAGCCUGCCGUUAUCAGCGACAGGUAGGCUACGCUGCUGGUGUCCCGGCGGGGUGCCAGGCUGCUGCGACUCAGUCGCUCCAUGUACCUGGGCCAGUCUCAUCAGCUGCUGGAGCGUUUCGGCACUCCGCCUCAGCGUGCACUCUAAUUCUCCUCCAUCUGAACACAGCAUGUCAUUCUGAUCUUAAAAUGCUGAUGCAACAAAGGGCAAGGCUGGUUUCUACAGCAAAAACCAGAAGUGCCACGUGCAGCCUGCAGCAUUUGCACCCCAGCAGCGAGGAGGAAUCUGGCUGGCCGUGCCUUUGAGAUGGUGGGAGCUGCGCUGGGAGCUAUGCACCCUGGGGAGCCGCUGCUGCUGCACCGUGUGUGGGCAGGCGGUGAGCCUAACCGCCCCUGCCUGCAUGUGGACAGUACUGCUAGCCUUUAGCUCAUUUACUGAUGCGCACUUUGGGAAACACAGUGAAAUGUGUAUUAUAAAAUAAAAAUUUUACUCAUUCUCUUUGAAAAAGUGCCUUGCAUGAUUUGUACUUUUUUUUUUUUUUUUAAUUAUUUUGGAAUGUAAAAAGCCUGUUCUGUCCAAAGGAUUAGUAUUGUUCAAUUUAUGUACAUUAGCUUUUUAAACCAAAUAAACAAGCUGGUCGCUUGUAAAGUAUGUCAGGAUGACCUUAAUAAUUACAGUGAUUCAGUCUUUGUGAAGAAGUUUCUGAAUAGCAGCACUUAAAUAGGAUGCAGCUCACUCCAUGGUCCCAACUGGGAUAGCUAGGAAGGAGAAGGUCUGGGAGAAAGAGUGAAUCAGUAGUCCUUUUUUAUCAGCUCUUUAUAGGGUGGCAAUAGGAAAAUUCUAGUUUUUCCUGUACGCAAACAAUGAAACACGUGGUAACGAAAGAACAGCUAAAACGUGUCAUUGCCUUAGUCAGCUGCAUAAGUGGAUCACUGUUCUGUUCUAGAUUGAAUGGACACGGGGUUGUUACUCCUGAGUGUUGGGGAUGAUUCUGCUUUAGUUUGCUUAAAAUAAUUGCCUUCCUUCAUGACUUUUCAUAGUAAAAUAGGACACAUUUUUAAAUACAGAGAAAAAGGCAAUUCUGUCUGUCUUUGGGUGCAGUCAUAUGAAGAAGAUACUUUAAAUACCAGAAAACGGGAAAGAAUAUCUUAAGUUGUUUACAGAAAAGGAGUUUAAGCACUAUUUGCCGGCCAUGACUGACAUAACAUGACAUGGCUGGAAGAACGCACUUUCAAAAAUGAAUUCAAAGAUCUUUAGCAUAAAUAAAAGUUUUUAUUUCCCAUUUAUUUGUUUGAGUGGGAAGGUGUAUUUUUGUUACAUAUCUUUAAAGAUACCUUCUAUGUGAUGUAUUUAAAUUUCAUUACAGUAGUAUUUCCAAGACUGGUUUUAAUAUGUUGUACUUCUGACAAAGAUUUUAUGGAAACAGUAGUGUAUUGAAAAACUAUUUUGAGAUCAUUGUUUGCCUUAAGAACUAGCUUGUCUGUGUAACAAAUGUGUGUUGCAUCAGUCAGAAUAAAAGUUCAGCAGAAUAA